UGUUUUAAUGUCACAACAUCCCAAUCUCCUCUCUCUCUCUCUCUCUCUCUCUCUAAAACCAUGAGCAGUAGAACAGUGCAGAGAUAGGAAAUGCAGUUCAUCCCAGCCCUGCAAAAUCCAUGAUGAACCCAUAAAAAUACAAACACUCUUCUCAAUCUCCAUUCCCAUUUUCAAACCCAUUGUAUAUAUAUCUAUAUCUAUAUUUUUCAAAGCAAAAAAACACUGAAAAGAGAAUGAAAUCUCAGUCUCAGUUUCAGUCUCAGUCUCAGUGUGGUGGAGUAGCAACCCUUCUCUUCCUCAUUCUUCUCUCUCUACCCGCCGGAAAAUCAGAUCUGACGGCGGACAGGGACGCUCUCUUGGCCCUACGCGCCGCCGUGGGCGGCCGUACUCUCCUCUGGAACACCACCCAACAGACCCCUUGCCAGUGGGCCGGUGUACAAUGCGAGAACAACCGUGUCGCCGUCCUCCGCCUCCCCGGAGUUUCUCUCUCCGGCCAAGUCCCCUCCGGCACCGUCGGCAACAUCACGCGCCUCCGUACUCUCAGCCUCCGCUUCAACGCCCUCACUGGCUCUCUCCCCCUCGAUCUCACCUCUUGCACUGAGCUCCGCAAUCUCUAUCUCCAAGGAAACCACUUUUCCGGCGACUUGCCGGAGUUUCUGUUCGGUUUUAGCCACCUCGUCCGGUUGAAUCUCGCCGGAAACAACUUUUCCGGCGAGAUCCCAACUGGGUUCAACAAUUUGACUCGGUUGAGAACUCUCUACCUCGAGAACAACCAACUCAGUGGGUCGAUUCCGGAGAUUACGCUUCCGAAUCUUGUACAGUUCAACGUAUCGUUCAAUUUCUUGAAUGGGUCGGUUCCAGAGAGUCUCAAAUCAAUGCCGGCGACUUCGUUCGCCGGAAACUCACUGUGUGGCGGCCCACUCGACUCUUGCUCCGGCAACGCCACUUCUCCGAUAGCUACCGGCGCCCAAAUCAACACCAACAACAAUCAAAACAAGAACAACAAAAAAGGGUUGUCCGGAGGUGCCAUUGCCGGAAUUAUAAUCGGAUCUGUACUAUCGUUUCUCUUGAUUCUCCUAAUUUUGCUCUUCUUGUGCCGAAAGAAGAGUAGCAAGAAGACGAGCUCGAUCGACAUUGCGACGAUCAAGAACCCAGAAACAGAUCCAUUUCCGGGCGAGACCGAGAAGCCAAUUGGGGAAAUCGAAAAUGUUGGUGGGCAUUCGGCGGCGGCGGCGGCGAAUGCGAAGGGAGAGAUGAGCAACGGCGGUGCAAAGAAGUUGGUUUUCUUCGGCAAUGCGGCGGCGGCAUCGAGGGUUUUCGAUUUGGAGGAUUUGUUGAGGGCUUCGGCGGAGGUGUUGGGGAAAGGAACUUUUGGGACGGCGUACAAAGCGGUGUUGGAGGUUGGGACUGUGGUGGCAGUGAAGAGAUUGAAGGAUGUCACUAUUUCAGAGAGAGAGUUUAGAGAGAAGAUUGAUAAUGUGGGAGCUAUGGAUCAUGGAAACUUGGUACCUCUUAGGGCUUAUUAUUUCAGCAGAGAAGAGAAGCUUUUGGUCUAUGAUUAUAUGCCCAUGGGAAGCUUAUCUGCUCUUUUGCAUGGAAACAAAGGUGCUGGCAGGACUCCGUUGAAUUUUGAAAUUAGGUCCAGCAUUGCUCUUGGAACUGCCCGUGGCAUCGAAUACCUCCACUCUCAAGGUCCCAAUGUCUCCCAUGGAAACAUAAAAUCAUCCAAUAUCCUCCUAACCAAAACCUAUGAUGCCCGAGUCUCAGAUUUUGGCCUUGCUCACCUCGUUGGACCGUCCUCAACUCCCAACAGAGUGGCUGGUUAUCGUGCACCGGAGGUAACUGACCCUCGCAAAGUCUCUCAGAAAGCUGAUGUCUACAGCUUUGGCGUACUCGUUCUCGAGCUGCUCACUGGGAAAGCCCCAACCCAUGCCCUCUUGAACGAGGAAGGUGUUGACCUUCCUAGAUGGGUACAAUCGAUAGUUAAGGAGGAGUGGACUUCGGAAGUAUUUGAUAUCGAGCUCCUCAGGUACCAGAGUGUCGAGGAUGAGAUGGUUCAACUUUUACAGCUUGCGAUUGAUUGUGCAGCACAGUACCCAGAUAACCGGCCUUCGAUGUCUGAUGUAACGAGGCGGAUUGAGGAGCUCUGUCGUUCUAGCUCGCAAGAAUAUCAAGAUCCACAGCCCGAUCGUGUCAACGAAGAGGACUAGGGUUCAUUCAACUGGGCUAAACAAGCAAGCAUUUACAUUACCAUUCCAUCAUUUUUAUUACUAUGCUCAACUUUAGCAUGUUAAAUUUGUUGCUUUUGUCGGUUGUUGAUCUGGUUCUGGGCCUCAUAACUGUUCAUGUGCAUGUUCAUUUUCUUUUCUUUCUUUUGUCUUUUCAUUUCUUUGCUAUUUUAUCUGAUUCUUCCAUUGUAGUAGCCUUUUCCUUUUUUUUCUUUUGAUAGAUCAUAUGGUUGCUGUAAUUAUUACUUGAACUUUUGCUUUUGCUUUGCUCUGGACCUUACUUUUUGUGUGUGUUUGUGUUUGUGGGAGAUUGAGAUGUUUUGGUUGCUUUUAGGAGGGAGGGAGGUGGGUGGGUGGUUUGGUUGUAAUGCUUCUCAGGUGAAUGUGGGGUCCACAUCUUUUGCUCCCUAAGGUUAGAUCUAGGUGGCAUGUCUUUGUUACAAAUUUUCAUUAUCCAAAAAUUCUAAUUAAAGUUCACUCUUA